AUGUCUGUGGAAGCAAAGAAGGCAAUUAGGCGAACGCAUGUGACAACUGCUUGCACAGCGUGCAGGGAGAGUAAAGUCAAGUGUGACGGGGAUCGCCCAAAAUGUGGGAAUUGUAAGAAGGGAACGGCGAAGGCAUGCGUGUAUCAACAGGGUGAGGAUCGGAGACGGAUAUCUCUUCGGAAGGCUAUCGAAGUUUUUUCGGCGCGUGUUAGUCAACUAGAGGCUAUCAUCCACGAGCAUGGUCUUGCGGUACCUUCGAUAGCUACAGAAGAUGAAGCCCUUAUCAAGAAGAUGCUCGAUUAUAUAAAGCCUCACGAAAGCUCUCCGCCAAAACAAGGAGCGAAAUCCAACCAUGGGCAUACAAUCACGGAUUCCGUGGUCGUUGAUUGUAACCAACGGAUUGAGCAGCCUCCGGAAACGUUUGCGAUGAGUACUGAUGACCAGUCUGGAGAGUUCCUUGAACCUCAACACACGAUGAUGAUGAUGAACGAUGGAGUAGACUUGCUUGAAAACAUCAUAGGAGAUUCUUAUACACUUCAGCCGUCUGCAAACUUCAUGGAAAUAGACCCCACGGGUUUCAAUUUCGAAACGCUGGACUGGAAUGCUGCAUUCCCAGAGCUGCCCCCAGGUGUGGCAAGUGCCUGGGAUGAAAUCAACUAUUCACACUCCGAUGAACAACCUGUUCAUGAGAGGGAGACUUUUGACGAGGAUGAGGAGUCUAUUGACUCAAGUGAUGGGGACAAAGACGAAGUUAUUUCCCAGAUUUCAGAACGCAUGGGCUCGUUGCAAGUCGCUGACGACGGCGAAUUUCGUUACUUCGGUGCAACAUCCAACUUGAACUUGCUAGACGAGGCAAUACAGCAAAACAAUUUUGAGACUGACCCUAUUCGGUCGCGGGGGAGCAAGAGAGAGGACAACGCUAGAUUGAGCCAUCACGUUGAUGCAGCGCUGAUCACGCAUUUGAUUAGUCUUUAUUUCGCGUGGCAAGACCCUACUUUUCAUGUUGUCGACAGGAAGAUGUAUGAGGAGAAACAAAAGCUUUAUGAGAGUGGUACUGACGACAGCACGUUCUAUUCGGAGACGCUCACCCACAGCAUGUGUGCAUUUGGUGCUCUCUACGAAACACGCAGGCACCCCCAUCUCCCCACUCCACUCUCUGAGUUCUUUUCAGCGAAAGCCAAGUUAUGGUUGGAGGUAGAGCUUGAUAGCCCGCGAGUAGCAACAAUACAGGCGUUAGUCAUCAUGAGCAGUUACGAAGCUGCAAGUACUCGUGAUGCCAGGGGUUGGUUAUACAGCGGAAUGUCGAUGCGUCUUUCUCUUGAUCUUGGAUUACACACUGAUAUGGCCCCUUACGUUCAGAACGGUCAGAUGAGCAGCGAGGAGGCUCAAAUAAGAGGUGUCACUUUCUGGGGAAGCUUCAUCGUUGACCAGUCUUGGGGAUACUACUUAGGCAGACCACCAAUACACAUCAGGACUGAAGAAAUAUCUGCUCAAAAGCCCACAAACUUAGUAGAUGCGGCCAGAUUCAGUAGUUGGGGCCCUUAUGGAAUGUCAACACCUAUGGGUUCUGUAGCAUCAUCCGCUUUGCAACUCAAUGAUCCAACCGAGCUGGUUUCGCGAAAUUGGAUAGAUUUAUGCGAGAUCAUGAGUGGCUCGAGUCUUACUUUAUUCGGUUUCAUCAACGUGACCAAACAUGCCCUUCAAGCCGUCGCAGAAAAAACGGUUGAAAGGUUGCGGAACUGGCAUAACGGUUUGCCGCCAGAAUUAAAGGUCGAACUUGGAAACGAAGGUGGCGUGUACAUUCCUCAUGUACUUAUCUUACAAAUGCAAUAUUAUCAGUUUAUGAUCUACAUCCACCGACCCUUCAUAUCCAGAUACCGUUCUCAACCAUAUCCUCCAGUUGGUCGUGGCCAUAACCAUGCCCGAACAAUCUGUAUCGAAUCUGCCGUAGCCAUCUCCAACCUCCUCACCAAGUAUGGAUCCGCCUAUACCCUUCGAUUUAUCAAUAUACAGGCUGUUUCAAUUGUAUUUUCCGCUGCACUUAUACUGGUCUUUGCCACGGUGUCAGAGAUCAGCAGCGAUACCCAUAUAGGCCUCAAUACACACCUUUCAACUUGUUGCAAGGGGCUUGCAGAACUCGGUAAAACAUUUCAAAAUGCGACAAGGGCUCUUGAAGCUCUUUUAUCCAUUAAACGAGCUUGGCAGGCGAAAUUACUGGUCAAUACUGGUUCAAAAAGACGAAGUUCUUCGGUAAGAACUCACAAGACUUCAGCCAAGAAGAGAACAAUGUCAUAG